AUGAGUUGCACUGCUGAGAACAUAGGCAGGGAAAAGAAAUGCGAGAAGCUCACAGUUAAUUCUAUCCCGAUAUCAGUUGAAGAGGACGGAUUCAUCAUAGCCUCAGUCGAAGGGGAAUCAUCACAGAAUGGAUUGAUCAUGGCCUUCCCAAAUUUAUCCACUGAUGAGAAUGUGCUUGUUGACCCGAAAUUGUUGUUCAUUGGGUCAGAAAUUGCUGAGGGAUCCCAUGCUACAGUUUAUAAAGGGAGGUUUGGUGUUCAAAUUGUUGCCAUCAAAGUUUACAAUUUUGGCGAGGAGUUAGAAGAGAAAGCAUUGCUUGAAAGCCAUUUUGUCAGGGAAGUGACAAUGAUGUCUAAAGUAAAGCAUGAGAAUGUACUCGAGUUUAUUGGAGCUUGUAAGGAUCCUCUAAUGGUGAUAGUCACAGAGUUUAUACCAAGAAUGACACUUUGGAAGUAUUUAAUCGACAAGCGUCCUGAAAAGUUAGACCUGCACAUUGCAUUAAGCUUUUCUCUUGACAUUGCUCGUGCCAUGGACUGUCUGCACGCGAAUGGGAUUAUACAUGCAGAUUUAAAACCAGACAAUUUGUUGCUGACAGCCGAUGAGAAGUCUGUAAAGCUUGCAGAUUUUGGUCGAGUAAGAGAAGAAUCUUUCAUUGAUUUGAAGACCGUAGAAACUGGGACAUACCGUUGGAUGGCUCCAGAGUUGUACAAUACUGUUGCGCUUCGUCAAGGAGAGAAGAAGUAUUAUAAUAACAAAGUUGACAUUUACAGCUUUGGUAUGGUCUUAUGGGCAUUGCUGACUAAUCGCAUGCCAUUCGAGGGAAUGUCAAAUUUGCAAGCUGCUUAUGCUGUUGUUGUCAAGCAAAAAAGGCCAAGUCUUCCAGAUGACAUUUCACCAGAUCUUGUGUUCAUUAUACAGUCAUGUUGGGUUGAUGAUCCUGAUAUGCGACCCAGCUUCAGCCUGAUUAUUCAGAUGCUCAACGCCAUUCUUUCACCACCACCAGCUCCAUCCUUGCCGGAACCUAUCUCCUCUGAGGCACCAGCGACAAACACCAGUACUAUUACUAAAUUUUCUGCUACAGCAGGAGGGAAAUUUGCUUUCCUUCCCCGACUUUUUGCUGCAAAGAAUGCCAGAAGCUCACAGUGA